GCACGCGAAAUUCUUCAGUCUCUCCGCCCCCAAAACUCUGCAGAAAUUUCAGUUACCGAACCUUAAGAAGAGCACGGAACAAUGGAGAGGCGAGUGCAGCGGGAGCUCUACGAUCACAGAAAUAGUUAUGAACUGAAAACGGGGAUCAAAUUGGUCCUGUGCUGCGCAAAUGAUCUGUCUCGCUUGGUCGGCACUAUCCCCGGCCCUUGUGGUACUCCCUACGAAGGCGGUUUCUAUGAAAUCGAAAUCGUGUUGCCUGGUGAAUAUCCUUACUUGCCUCCGAAAAUGCGGUUUAUCACCAAAGUUUGGCAUCCUAAUAUAAGCAGCCAAACUGGAGCCAUAUGCUUGGAUGUCCUGGGAAGAAACUGGAGCCCUGCCCAAACUAUGGUCUCGACACUCAUUUCACUCCAAGCAUUACUCUCUACUCCUGAACCCAAUGAUCCUCAAGACGCCGAGGUAGCAAAACAGUACAAAGACAAACAUGACGAAUAUGUGGAAACGGCUCGUUCCUGGGUGGCAACAUUUGCCCAGCCAUCAAAAGGAGAAGGUCCGAAGAAUUCUACUCCUGUUGAGGAUAGGAUCAUGGGUUGAAAAGCCUCUCUCUUGUUCGUUCAUAUUUGCUGAGAUUGUCAUAGAGGAGCUGAAAUCAAGAGGUGACUUUAUACUUUUCAGCAUAAAUAAAUAAUAAAUAGAUGAAAAUAAAAACCUUUACAUUACUAUCUGCUGUUUUGUUGAGUCAUUUUGAAAUUUGAACUUCUCUACAUGAUCAAUCACUUUUGGAAUGCUUCUAUCAAUAAGAGUGUUCUUGUUCUGAAUU